ACGAAAGAGUCCGAGGUGCAUAAUUAUAUUCAUAGCAUUAAAAUGUUUACAAGUAUAUUAAAGUAUAGUGUACGUACGAACGACGCACGAUGAAAGAAGAAAUGUCGUGAUUAUUGUUAUUCAAGACGCGCAAAUUAUGAUGUUUGCAGGGCUAAAUUGUCUCGUCAGUCGUCUGCUUUAGUAUUGUUGUGAUCAGCGUUUUUUUAAAAAUAUUAGUGACUAUUGUGUUUGGUGGUUAUAGAGUUGUGAUUAAAGUGCAGCAACAAUGGAGAAACAAAAAUCAAAGCAGAAAAAGAAAAAAGAUCGCUUAAGAUCGAUCACUUUGGACCGACAAAUACCAGAUGCACCAACUCUGGAGGAGUUUGAGUGUCUUCUGGGGGAAUCGCCUACUAAUUAUCCAAAGGCUGAGGGUGUUGAAAACAUGGAGAGCGAAUUGCAUUCCGCUGCCAUUGACGACACUGAAAUCUACGAAAAAGAAAAUUCGAACAUUAUCGUCCACUCGGCUCAAAUAGAAAAUAAUAGCUUGAUAGAAAACGUGAUAGAAAUACAUGCUGAGGAAAAAGUGUCUUCUGCUGAUGAAGUUGAUACGGUUUUUCCUGUUGUAAUGGAUCCAUCAAUACCGUCAGCCCCGGUGGCUGACGAAUUGGAGCAGAUCGUCGAAGACAGUAGAUUGAGCAUGGCUUCAACUCAUCUUCUAGAAACUGCACCAAGUGCUCCAGUUUUUGAUGAAAAUCCCAGUGUCAUUUCAGAGCCCGAAAUAAUGUCUCAAGUUUUGAAAAAAAUAGAGGCAGAAAAAAUAUCCGCGGCCAGACAGUUAGAAUUUACUCCGGAGAAAACCAUAGCUGUAAACCACAAAGUAGUCAAACCUUUCAGCGAAGCUCAGCUGGCUGCAUUGUAUAGCAACCAAGAGCUCAACGUAGUUGAAGCAUUUGUAAACGAAUUUGUCGAGGUUCAGCUGAGGAGUCACGCCUUGAGGCAGCAGCACAAGCUCCACGAGCUUCUCAUGAAUUACCUUCGCGUACGGAAUCAUCUGAUAAUAAAUUCGCACGAGCUGGAGAAUCUGAAAAAAGCCUGCAAGGAGACGCAAAAGCAGCUGUGGUGUCUUGACAAGGCCACAAUAACGGAAACCGGUGAGUGUCAGGACGGCAAUCCCGUGAGUGCGACUCACGAGUAUUCCAUUGCUCAGUUCAACCAGCAGACACUUAGUGCUCUCUCGCGUAAUCUCUCUGCUAUAAAAGAAUCAUUGCACAAUAUUCAUGCUCUCUACUGUUACGAAGCCGAGACUUUGCGCCUUCAAAUUGAACACUAUGUCCAGCGCGUCUGUGUGUCUUGCAAAGAAUUUGCAAACCUGACCGCUAAUGCACCCGUUAGCCUUGUAUCUAUUAAGCCGGCCACCCACACUAUGCCUCAGUUAGUCGAAUUGCGAAUGUGCAUAACGAUACUUUUCAAUUUCCAAAGAAGGAUUUUAAAGGAUGGCAAAUUCGUCGCAGACUCCAGGGAAUGGUUGUCCAAACUCGUCGUGGUAUUGUUGAGAGUCGCCAAUUGGCAGGACCAUUUAUUUAUACUCAGUCACAUACUGAGGUGUCCUGGUGGCGUGUCGAAUUGGGCCAGGGGUUACGUGCAGGUACCCGUUCCUCCGAGGACCAGCAUCAAAGUACAGAGCACUUCGCCUCUAAACGACUCGUACUUGGAUCACAUCGUCGCUACUUUAGCCAUUAUAUUACUACCCAUAAAGGAAAGGGAAAAGUUUCUCGAGCAAGUGCAAAUAUCUCUGCAAGACACGGGUGACAGCCAGGACACGGUGUGGGUGAUGCUAGACGAAGAGGGUGAAGAUGAGGAGGAUAUUGCGAACAUGGGCGUCAAUUUGUCCGAGAGCGAUCUCAUAUGCCUGUUGCAUCAGAUACCACUGGACAAGCUGUUUCAGCAGGUGUUGUACAUCGAGCUUGACGACGACAACGACUACAGACAGGAUCGCAAAUCCAUCACCGAGCACCAUAUGCUUAGAAUUUUCGCAUUUUCAACGGUUUUAGUGAGGCUGUUGAAGAAGGGCCUUAAAACUUACGAUUCGCCGCGAUAUCGGCAAUUAACCAAGAGACUAAGUGCACUUAUAAGAGACGUCGUUCAGUACGCCAGUGACUUGUGGGAGUCUUUUAAUAAGAGCCAAGUGUUGGACGAGUCGAUGCUCAUCAGGUUGCAAACUGAGUACGAUUGCUUCUUCCUCAGAGCGACCAUGUGCAUCUUUUCGUCGCGUCGCUUGGGAGCUUGGCAGUACUUGGCAGCGAUACCUUACCGAUUAGUCUCGCUGCCUAUUCUCUGGCAGAUAUUUUAUAUUUUGCACACUGAUUCCGUGCCGACGAACGACAUGGCCAAUCCCGAUGUCACGACAGAAUGGGAAAUUGAAUUAAAUUCUUCCCUUCCGCGGAAGCAAUUUGAAGAAAAACUCAGCGAUCUGCCUGGAGACGAAUCUUACUUUUUGCUGACGACCUUUGCCAACAUGGCUAUGGCUAGAACUCACGAAGAUUACGAAUUCGUUCGAGCUGCGACUGUUGAUUUGUUCCAGAUUGGAUUCUUGAGUUCAAAAACUCAAGAAUCUUGUUCAAAGGACGCGAGGUCGCUUCUGUCGAAUAUAACUAGUAAAUAUCCCUCCCUCUUGUCGGACAUAAUUUUCAAACUCAAAGACAACUUUGUGUCUGUUGGCAAACUGAGCAUAUAUCUUUUUACUGAACUAAACAUACACCGAUGGGUGCCCAAAGACGAAGAUUUUCAAGUACUCUCGGACUGGCUUCACCAAUUUCCUCUUUCUUCGACCGAAAGUCAUUUGGCUCGACUGAUAAUUUCACACUUAAACUGGGGUUUCGAUACGUUUCAGGGUCUUUUCCUACCUCAAGAGCUACAUCGGCGAGUAGCGUUGUUGAUCGUCAAGCUAGUAAUGAAAUACAUACCCGAGAGCACACCAGCUCAGUCAGCCUCACUCAUAACCGAAGGAGUAAAACAGGUCUCGUCGAUGGUUCGCCCCCAGAGCAAUGAACACGCGUUCGCCACCUGGUCUUGGGACACGCUGUCUCGACUGAGGCUACAUCAACUCGAGCAAUCCGAGGCUACGAGCCAGUACGCGUUUGUCAGUCCUGCCCAAGCUUUCUCUCAUGUGCCCGACCUCGACGCCGAUCCCAAGUUCGAGAUUUUGGCCAAGGGAUUGCGGGAUAAGCAGCCGAUUGCCUGCUAUGCCGCAGUUAGGAUGACGUUGCACGGACACUCGGUGCCGAUUAUUUGUUCCAAGGGUUUUGAGUUGCUGCAAGUACUGCAGUCGUAUUACAAGUCCGAGUACGUGAUUAUUGUUCUGAGUAAUGUAGUGCCGCUGUUUUUGGACUGUCCGGAGUCGUUGUUACAAAACGAGAGGUUCAUUGCGAUUAUCGCAGCUUUGGUACAGGCGGAUAGGUCGUACAUGAAGAUGGCCAAGAACCUUAUUUCCCCGGAUUUUCCCGGGCCGAUACUGGAGAUCUUUUCUAACAUGAUUGAGUAUCAGUUACAGAAUUCGAGAAGAUUCCGGCUUCAAACGCCCGACGCAUUGGUAAAAUUGUGGCUCAACAUAUUCGUUUUGUUGCCGGAUUGGAACAGAGAUCAGAGCAUCAUGUUUUUAGUGGAUACCCUGAUGAGAGCUGCAUUUUUCCAUUUGGGAGCGAGAGCAGUCACGGACAAAAUUUUCCAGAAUCUUUUCUCGCUUGCCUCCUUUGGAAAUAACGAGAACAUGAUAGCAACGCGAAGCAAUAGUAGUACAGGACUGAGUUCACUGCUUAGUUGGGCUACAGGCUCCUCGACGACGCAAAGUUUACUGUCGGGCUCGAUUCAACAGGUCUGGGUGGCCUAUCAGAUCCUGAGAACCGAACAGCAGGAGCGCGAACUUGACACUGGACUCUGGCGAGAGCUGCUCUGUGAACUUUAUCUUCAGACGUCCAAGACAUCUGUCGAUUCGGCUCUCAAGAAAGCCUGCGCGACCGUGAAAGUUCCAGUAUUUAAUUCGAAUAGCUUAGCGAUUUAUAGAUGGUCUCAGCAAGCCCUUGACACGCCAAUGGACCAUCCGUUGUUACCAUUGCUGUGGCAAAACUUUUUUUCUCUCUACAUGGCCCGAGUUCCCAGCCAAACAGGUACUGUGGACAAGGGAGGAGUUGGAAUUAAAUUUUUCGAGGGUAUGAUCAACUUGAGCUAUUUGAAAAAAUUGAAGAAACGAUUAAUAGAUACCAAAGAGUAUUUCGAGACCAAGAGAAAAAAUUCAAACGACGGCCUGCAAGCGUCCGAAGAGCUUGCUGAAGAGAGAUGCGUCUUCUUCGACGUCACUGCCAAGUAUUACGAGACCCUUAUUUUGUGGCUGGAAGAACCUCGUCUUCAAGAAGCUGGAAUUUAUCUACCCACUUUUCCGCCAAACUACAUGCCUUCAAAGUUAAACGUGAUCAUGCAAAACGACCAGACUCCGUGGCUCGAGUACGUCGACCAGUGGGCGGUACACUGUAGCCAACAGACUGCGCUGCAAAAGUGGCAGCGCAACUGUAAACGCGAGUCCAAAGGUUCCUCAAAGAAACUCAAUUCAACGCCUAUUACUCCUCUCGAGCCAACCGAUCCACUGCAACGGAUAUUCCGUCGAUUGAACAGCUACGAGCAACCUGUGUCUCCUCCGGCACUCACGCAUCAUGUGCCUCUUAUAGAAGUUGCCAAAGAGUGCCUUUACAAUCGCGAAGCUCUCAUCGAGCUGUUCAGGCCCCACCUCAAAGCGAUUUUAGAUUAUACGCAAACCUUCAAUUUUAUGGUGUCUGAACAUACAGCGGUGGACUGCGCGUUUUUAGAGCUUGUGCCGACGCUUUACAAAAUCGUCGAGAACCAGGUUACCCUACACGCACUCUGCGACCCCGCGCCUUACGGUCAGAGACGAUCGCGUUCCGGGACUCCACCGAUCGUCCACUGCGCUGGGGCUGCAGUUAUCAGAAUUAAAAUCGCGGAAGCUCGGGUGAGCGAUGGCAUCGACCAGAGCAUUAGCCAGAACCGAGCGCAGUACGAAAAUUUACUAGUCAAAGCCAGUCAGCCACCACCUAGCAAAGUUAUUCAGGGCUGUGUUUUUGCUGACCGUCUCAUUACAUUACUGGAGCACGAACUGAAUGUGAAUCGCACUACGGAAAACACGGCAGUUCUUCGCAAAGUUCAGGAAACCGGUGUCGUAUUAUUUUACUAUCUCGUUAAUGUUUUCUCCGAAGAAGCCGCGCUGUGUCCUCCAACGAAGCAGCUCAUCACGACUUGCGUUGAAAAAUUGGGACAGCUUUUCAUAAGUGGCGAAGAAAGUCAAGGUCCACCGCUGCUCGAAACAAUAUUGGAACGGCCUACCCUCGGUGGCUUGCUUGGACCUCAUUUCACUCCAGUCGCCGGAGGCGCCACUACUUUUCUCCAAAUGUACCAGAGGAUCGUCGAAUUAUCCACUGGCUCCAACAUCGAUCUCUGUUUCGUCCUUCUAACUAAGUUUGACGUCGCCACUUGGCUAAACUACCGAAGACCGCGACUGAGCGAACGCUCGACUUUCAUCAAUCUUGUAAUUCGAGCGCUAUGUAACAUGGGCUUGAAGCCCGAGGACAAUCGUUUAGUCCUGCACGAAGUUUUCCGCAACCACCUACGUUUGGUACUGCUACACGAGUUUCCCGAACACUAUGGCGAAGUUCUGAGCGCCGUCAUACGUGGUAGCGAACACCAAAGUCUUGCGAUAGAAGUCUGGCGUGAUUUGCUCGGUGCGUUGAGCGGUCGUCCGAAAAAUACGCCGCCACCGCGGCAGGGUAAGGUACGCGAAGAGAUUCGACGAUACGCUACGGAGCAAAGACUGCUUUCGAAACAGGAGAUAUACGAUACAGCAGUUUUGUUGAAAAAGCACUUUGAAGCCGAACGAUUACAAUACGGCCUCUACGGUCUGUAUCCCAAGUAUCGAAUCUACAACGAGCCUCUGACUAUACUUCUAGGCAUGAUUGGUCAUGCUCUAGUCGUCACAACUUUACAAUCCGAUCGGGGUACUUUGGCCGAUCAAUUGUGCGAAAAAAUUUGGCCAGUUCUGAGUGACAUGUUCACGCCUUGGAUAACUCCAUACUGGACCAACAAUCUUCGCGAGCCCACCGCAGCUUGGAUCCAGCAACUCACAGACGACCGUUCCGUCCUUUUGCCCUGGAUAAUCACAGAUGGCCCUUACGCCAAUAGAAUGACCUCCAUGUUCAUAGAAUGUGUUCGCUUCAUACUCGACACUAUGCCGGCAUCAAACAGGGUUCUCGGUUUCCUCUGGCAGUUCUAUGUACAGAAGUACGCCCAUCCAUCUGUUAAAGAUCACGUGCUGAACGUUGUGCACGGCAACUUUUUGUCCCUGCCUUGGAUCAAGUUUAGCCCCAGUGUCAUGGACGUUGAGUUCAUGGUCAAAGUGAUCGAUCAGUACCUGCCUGACAGCCACCUGUUUCUCGGUAGCGUCUUUUGUAGCAUGAACUGGUCACAGUGGAUGCCCGAUCAGUUGGCCAUCCAGCCUCUCCCGGUGUCUGGACGAAUACACAUUUGCCUCCUUAAUUUACUAGUCAAGUUAUCUAACGAGCCCAACGUGCGGCAGAACGAACGUGCUCUCAGGCUGACUCAGGAAGCCGAAAAAUUUGCUUGGCAUCUGGUCGACGCGAACGCCUACGAUCAGGUCAUCAACUGGCACGUUAUGAGCUGCGAUCCUCGAGUUAUCUUGACCCUCAAUUCAGAUCAGGUGCACUCUCUAGAUCUGGCCAUCCAUAAUUUGUUAAAGAUAGUGGCAGCUUACGACCCUACGGUAGUUAACUUUCAUCCGACGACGUUGAAGAAGCGCCAAAUGUACGUAAGAUCGUGUGUCAAAUUGUUAGUAAACUGCACAACGCGUCACAAGUCCAUAGUCUCGACAAAUAUCAAGGCCUUCACCAGUGCAUUAUCACGAAUGCUAGAUGACAUGGAGGCAAUUAUUAUGAACACUGUAUCGGAGCCGCUGCAGGUAGCAGAGGCUGGACUACUGGUGACAGAACUUUUGCACUCGGUAAACCAAAGUAACGUUCUUGUGGAGCAAUUGCGUACGAGCUGGGCAGACUGGCUGCUUCAGCGAACGGCUUCUAGUCCUAUCCUCUUGGGUAUCUUACGCGUAAUUGGAAUAGCUGUGGCCUCGCCCUCGACUCUCGGCGAGAUCAUGGAAGCUGCCCUAGACGCCUAUUUCAAGUACAAUGUGGUCGACGAAGUUCGACCAAUGUGGGCAGCAGUUUUAACAAUCAUACAGCCAGUGGUACCUCGUCAGCCACCGGUUGAAAGUGUACUAGUGGCCGAAGGUCGAAUCCUCUCGCUUUACGCUAUCUUCCUCAAACGGUUGCCUUCGUGUCGUGAUAUCAGAGAAGAGGGUAUGCUUCUUACCAAUCUCAUCGAUUGGAUUACUGCCAUUAAGCCUACGGAAAUAAUAGAGGAAAAGUUGCCGUUGCUGUGGGCAAAGGCCCUUGAAUUAAUUUACCGUCAAUGCCGGUACAACGAGAAUAAAGUGAUAGCAGCCCGCUCGCUUAAAGGCCUAGCUAGAGCUCUUCUCACUGUAGCUGACGAUGCCAACCAAGGUUGGAAUAUUCUGGGUGCAAUAGGCCUCAGGAAGGGUUCUCAGCUUUCAUCUAGGUGCAAGUUCCUGAGUCGAGCACUGGCAGUUUACUGUCUAGCACAGCUGCCCGACAGUCAUCAGUCGCCAUCCGAGCAAACACAAUCCAAUCAAGUUGUCCGCUACACAGAGCACUCGCCAGGAGUUGCUACGCUACGUUCCCCAAGCCUCGACUUGGACUCAAACCAGAAUUCACCUUCCCUAGAUGUGAGGCCUAGUACCGAGGCUAUCCGAGCAAUGCAGAGUCUCGAGGCUCUUCUGACAAAUAAGCAGUACGCCGAGCUUAAGCACGACAUCGAGCAAUCUAUCCAGAUAAUUCGUGAUUCGAAAAACUCGAUGCACAAUGCUCUGGACAACUGUGGGGUUUUAGUGGCCGAAUUGUACAGUCAGAGGUAUCUUCACGUACUGACAGAGUGAGAUUGGCUGUCCGGGGAUGGGCCCGACGAAUGGUGUUCCAAUAUGAGCUUUCACUUUGAUCACUUUGCCGGCUGAGGGGAGCUCGUGGCGAGCUCUCCGCUUGUGCGCGUUAGUUGCCGCUGUUAAAGUACCAAGAAUUUUUUGUCGAGUGCCUAAUUGUGCAGUA